AUGGUGCCGCUGUACCCAAACGCGCUCACCCCGACCAUGCCCUCCCCUCCCCCCCCCGCCCGCCGUGCGAGCCGGGUGGAGGUGGCGACUGGCGCUGUGACCACGCUCGCGGGCAGCACCUAUGGCUUCUCUGAUGGCGUGGGUGGCGCGGCGCAGUUUCGCAACCCACUCGGCGUCGCCAUCAGCACCAUCGGCAGCGUUCUUCUGGUUUGCACGAGCGACUCCCUCCGCCAGGUCUGCGUGUCAGCGCCUCCUCCGCCUCCCUCCUUCGCGCCGAUUGUGGUGCCGCCCUCGACCCUCGCGGCCGACCUCGGAAAGGUGUGCGGCGACCCCGCUCUUCCCGACGGCAAGGUCACGGUGCUCGAAACCGAUCUCGCCACCUUCACCGCCCUCGUCCGCUACCUCUGCACCGACCAGCUCGACCUCGGCGAGGAGGGGGGCGGCAGAGCGCAGCGCGCGCUCGACCUGCGGCAGCUGGCGCAGAUGUACCAAGUGCCGCGCCUCGAGCUGCUCUGCGCGCAGGCGCUGCAGGAGAGCGUCGGGCCGGCGAGCGCCGUGCCGCUGCUCGAGGCGGCGCACACGAUGGGCGACGGGCGGCUCCUCGCGCAGUGCCGCCGCUGCGUGGCGGACCACGCCGCCGAGGUGCGGGCGAGCGGCGGCGUGGAGCAGCUGCGCGACUUUGGCGUGGCAAAGGGGCUGCUCGGCGACGCGCUCGACUAG